AUGAUCUUUGCUCCGCUGGCGGAUUCCCUGUUUGCUUCAGCAAAUUCCGGGCAGGUGUCGCCGGUCGCACAGCUUGCUGAGGAGGGGGACGAGACACCGUGGUACAACGAAUUUUCCAGGCCUGCUCCCAGCACAAGCGACGGGAGGCACAAAGUGGAAAGGACAUCACUGCUUUGCAAGGUGGACAUGUUGAGCACUGGUGUGGAGGACACGCUUCCACACUACACGGUACAGGAGUUUGCGGCUGGCUUCAAGAAGACGUUGGCUUUCCAGACAUGCGCAAAGAAGCAGGACGGAGGCUCGUCAGGCAAGGGCAUCGAUCUGGAUCAUCAAGCAGAAAGCUGGCAGCCACUGCACGUCACCCCACGGGAGGGUGUUCAUGGGCGCGAGGGUCACGCUGUGCAAGGCGAGGGCAUCUGCAUCAUUAGACGGAAAGCUGGCAACUACUGCACUUCACUGGUCGUGAAAGUGUUCGUGGGCGAGGACGACACGCUGAGCAGGGUGGCCACGUUGAGCAUUGGUGUGGAGGACGUGCUCCCACACUACACGGCAGAGGAGUUUGCGGCUGGCUUCAAGAAAGCGCUGGCUUUCCAGAGUUCUGCAUGA